CCGGUCUUGUUGAGAUCUACCUGCUUUACUUUUUCCGGGUGAGCAUGGCUGAUUCGGUGGAGGACAGUAAAUUUUGUCUAACAGAAGUACUUGACGUUUUUAAAUCAUGUCUCACAGAGAACAAGGAGGUUCUUGUCGAUCAAUAUGUAGCAGGAUGGAGAGGACUUGUGAAGUUCAUGAACAGUCUAGGAAGCAUCUUCUCCUUCAUCUCUAAAGAUGCAGUCAGUAAAAUCCAGAUCAUGAUCAACCACCGUAACGGCAACAAUGGGGCGGAGUAUGUCACCAUCCAGUCCAUGGUAAAGUACGAGCUUGACAAUAAACUGGUGGACCUCACCAAGUCGGGCAAUUUUCCAGAGUCUGGCUGCCGCACAAUUCUAAGGCUGCACCGGGCUCUGAGGUGGCUGGAGCUCUUUCUCGAGCGGCUGCGCACGAGCACCGAAGAUGGCAAGACUUCUGUGAUGUGUGCAGAUGCUUACAAUGAGUCUCUGGCUCACCACCAUCCCUGGAUCAUCCGUACAGCUGCUAGUGUGGCUUUCUGUGCCCUCCCAGGGCGUUCUACUUUUUUUGAGGUGAUGAACGUGGGGCCCCCGGAGCAGGUUGUCGCCAUGCUGGGGGAUGCCCUGCCCCUCAUCUCAGAAGUAUAUCAGAUCACUGAGGACUUGUAUACCAAACACAAUCUACUGAGCCUGCCCUAGCAGGGUGAUGACAUCACCCUGACUUUCGUUAAUUGGUGCAGUUUCAUAUUUGAUCUCAGGCCAAGAAAGCAAUACUACAGGUUUUUUUUUGGGUGGAGUAUGGGAGCGGCAAGUACUGUAGCGCAGGCUUUCUGCAAAGUCUACAGUCUGUACAAGAUCACAGAUUGUUGCUCUGUUGGAGGGUUAACCCUUUGGUGUUUACUUGGCCAGAAUCCUUUGAAAACAUCCAUUACACAGAUUUCGUACAUCCUAGUUUCUUGUUCAGACGGUUACUACUUUUCAAAUCCCCUCCCUUAUUUUCCUGUUUGUGUUUUGUUCUGUGGGUGUAGCAGGAUAUUAAUGCAUUUUACCUCCACUUUUUCAUAUGCAAACAAAUAAUCUCAGACUAUUUAUAGGGGUUGCAUGGGAGUAUAAAUCAUUGUUGUAUAUUUUCUGUUCCUCAUCUUCUUGUUCUGUCUAGUUUCUUCCAUUGACCCAAAGAGACGCUAUUCAGCCGAAUUGUGACUGUAAAUUGUAUUUACUAUGUAGUUAUGAUAAAGAUGUAAUUUAUGUGCCCUGUGAUGGACUGGUGUCAUGUCCAAGACGUCGAAACCCUACUUAACAUAUGCUUCCUGCAAUAAGCUCCAUUAUAAUUCAAUGCUCUU